CACCAUAAAGCCCUUCCCAUAACUAUAUAUAUAUAAAGAGGAGAAGGCGAUCGAGGUAGAGAGAGAGAGUAAAAUAGAGGAAAGGAAUCCAUGGCGGAAAGCACAGGCUCUAAGAAGAGAUGGCUUCCUCUUGAAGCUAACCCCGAUGUCAUGAAUCAGUUUCUUUGGGGUCUUGGUGUUCCAGCGAAUGAGGCCGAGUGCUGUGAUGUUUAUGGGUUAGAUGAAGAACUUCUGGAGAUGGUGCCAAAGCCAGUGCUUGCUGUUUUAUUUCUCUAUCCUCUCACAUCUCAGAGUGAAGAAGAGAGAAUAAAGCAAGACAGCGAAACAAAGGUGCACGAUCCCAGUAGUACAGUUUACUACAUGAAACAAACAGUGGGAAAUGCAUGCGGAACAAUUGGCCUUCUUCAUGCUAUCGGGAAUAUCACCUCUCAGAUAAAACUUACCGAGGGUUCGUUCUUGGACAAGUUCUUUAAAUCAACCUCAAGCAUGGACCCAAUGCAGCGUGCUUUGUUCCUUGAAAACGAUAGGGAAAUGGAAGUUGCUCAUUCAGUGGCAGCCACUGCUGGUGAUACUGAGGCUACCGACGAUGUGAACACUCAUUUCAUCUGCUUCACCUGUGUUGAUGGACAACUCUAUGAACUUGAUGGAAGGAGGGCUGGACCUAUUACACAUGGCGCAUCCUCUCCAAGCAGCUUAUUAAAGGAUGCAGCCAGAGUUAUCAAAAAGAUAAUCGAGAAAAAUCCAGACUCAAUCAACUUCAACGUUAUUGCUAUUUCCCAAAACGUUUAGGCCAAUCUAGAGGCUUUUAUCGAUGAGAUGUUUAAACCAAUUUUAGCUUUUCAUGUUUCUGCCGUUUCCAGUACUAUGUUUCUUCUUGUUUGCAA